AUGUAUGGAGACCCUGGAGUUUGCGAUCCCCAACAACACAUGAAUGACAUGCUCCAGGUGGCGAUGAAGCUGGCUGUCUGUGUGCUGGGCCAGGAGCCUCUGGCAGCCUCCGUGCUGGCUGCUGCUCUACCCCAGGACCAGAUGCAGAUGCUGGGAGAGUGGCUGUACCACCUGAUCCAGGGCAUCCAGCCCAGCUUGGUUGUUAGGGUCACUGUUAUGCUGCUGGAGCUGGACAACACAGAUAUAGCAAGUGAGUCACCAGACAGCUGA